UGUUUUCAGUUCGUGCGUUCGCGGAGCGUGUGCGAGUACUCUUUCAAAUAUUUACGGAAAGAAAAUUAAAUUUGAAUGAAAUUGUGAAGGUUCUUCUGGUUCAUUAGAUAGAUAGAUACAUACCUACAUAUAUAUAUAAGCGGAUAAAUGGUGUAGCUGUAAAUCGGGCGUGAAUUUUUGUCUUUAAUAAUUUGCUUGUUGGAAGAAAAUUCGUGUAAUGUUUACAAAACCGUUAAAUAAGAAAAUUGUGUAUGAUUUCCCUAUGAAAAGAAAUUACAUUUAAUUAAGAAUACACUUCAUAUAUGUACAUAUAUACAAGCGAUCGUAGCACAUUGGAAAAUUAAUUACAGCACAGUAAAGUCAAGCGAUUCGCGGAGAUUACGAAUGCUGCGUACGCAUUCGAGCAAUAGUGAAAUUAGUACAAAAACGUCUACAAAAUAGGCAAAUCGGUGUUUAAAAAUAGAUGCGCCACCGUUCGUAGCACAGAACACUAUAUUAUAAACAUACAUACGUACGUAUGCACAUACAUACAUAUGUACAUCCAUGGCAUAGCCGAACGUAGCGCAUAAAAACACAUUGCGGUAAGGCGUUUAGGCAUAGAAGAAGAAGCAGAAGAUUUCUAGAAGCAACAAAAAAGUAGACAUAGAAGAAGCACAAGUAUAUGCAUAUAGAGCGUCUCUGACGUCGCUCAUAUCCGUGUCUUUGCCACUUUCUUUGCUUUUGGCGCAUACACGUACAUAGAGCACAUAGACGUAUACAAUAGCCUCGUCAUCGCCAGCUUGGACGACUAUCAGCCACUUCGACUUCGACUUAUUCACUUUCGUUGUCGUCGUAGUUGUUGCUGUCGUCGUCACAACGUCGACGGGAAGAUAUGAAGCAAGCGCCGCGCAACCAAAGGGGAAACACAAAAAGCAGCCAGCAAUUGAGUAAGAACCCCUGGCAUAUUGUGGGAAUCAUUUCGAAACCGUAAAAUUUCGCUAUUUACAAACAUACACAUAUACCGCAAUCAAACAUUUGUGAGUUGUGUUCCGUGUUGCGCGUCGUGUAUUAGGAGUUUGUGUCGCAAAUAAAUUGAUGUAACAUCCAAACGCGGGUACACAUCUAAUAUUGGAGGCUAAAGAAAGUGCACUAAAAAUAACACGUGAGAAGGUGCGCUGCGCUGAGACGUUAUUUUAGUGACAAUUUCCUGCCGCAGUUUACACGCAGCGGACAAAUAUGCAAGCAGCGCCCCCAAACGUCGCCACAAAACCUACAACCGCCUCCACAACCAAACCGAAAAUAAUAACGCAUCAAGUGGUGAAGACCAAACCUUUCAUAGAUACUCAUAUAUACCAGCCGGCUCUGCAGCAACAGCAAACAACAGUUGGUAGCCAUAUUGGGUCUAAUAAAACGAGCGUCGUGUCGGACGAUCCUACGCGAGAGAUCGAGGAGAUCUCCAAAAAGAUAUCUGAGCACGCGGAUGCUCUGUACCAUACGUGGAAGAGUCGUGGUCUAGCACCGACCGAAUUGCUUGGUUUCUACACGCAUGCAGCGGCAGCAGCUGCUGCGAGCGACGGUGCAAGUGACGCGAGUGAUCUCUUUGCCGUCGACGACGAGCAAACAGCAGAGGGAUUGCAAAAGUUUGUCAACACAUUUGUGCUAAAAGAUAAAGAACAGCGCGCCAGUAAGGUGAACACCGGCUCUAGCAACGUUAGCCGGUUGGGUAGUGGAGUUGUUGGCGCCGGUGUUAUAGGUAUAGGUGGUGUUGGUGGACUUGUUGGAUCGGGCAGUGUCGCAGCCAGUGGCGCGCUCUCAAAUACAAUCGAUAACAGUAUGGUUGGCAAAUUAAAGCAGUCAACAACGUCUUCAGCAACCAAAAGAAGCGUUGUGUCACCAAAGUCGCCCACAACGUCAUCGGCAAUACUCAUGAAAAGUGUCGAUGCACCCGGCGUCGAUGUUGUAGAUACGCUAAAGAAGAAGACGGCCAAGUCCAAUGGCAAACCAACGUCUACUAGUGCGGCAACUGGAUCCGCGUCCACCAAAACCGCCCUUGGACAGAAGCACGAAAAGCAUGAGCAUACAAUUAACAUUGCCAGCGGCAAUACUACGCCAACAAAAGCGCAUAGUGCGAACUCUAUAACAAGCGCAUCGCCCAACACAACAACUAUUGGACGUAGUAAGCCACAUGUUUCCAAUUCCGCACCGUUAGAUAUAAAUUUGACUGUGGAUUUAAACUUGGAUCUCACCGACUUAUCCGAGUUACAGACACAUAAUUUGCAAAAAAUCAAAGAAUUGCUGCAGGAAAAUGCACCGACCACACACACAACAUCAGCCAAAAAGGGUGCUACAAACAGCGGUACAAAGCAGACGAGAAAGGCCAGUAUAACGUCGACAACAAUUGACGGUGAAGCAGUUUCAAAUAGCACAAGUCACCAUACUCGUCGCGGGGAGCUGUCAUCUAAAAGUAACAGCAUUAGUGAUGACAAGAGAGAGGUAGUUGCCACCAGCAGUAGCGGAGGUGGCGGCGGCGGCGGCGGAAGUGUGAAUAAAGCGACAGUCGCAAUUGCUGGCAGUGGUGUUGUUGAUGGUGGCACUCUUGUUGUUGCCGAAAGCGUCAAUAUUGUUAAAAAUAGUGCAAGCGGGAGCGGCAACAAAAGCGCCGUGGCAGUGAGCGCAAAGCGGAGUGGAGUGGUGAUCGCAAAAGCGAGCAAUGCGAAAUCAACACCGCCCGAUAAUCAAUCGAAUCAAAGCGCCAUUACUGUCAGUGGCUAUAAGCAUUCGAGUAGCAAAGAAAACGAAGAAAAAAGCGCCACCACAUCGGCGAUAACGACACCGAGCACGCGGAGUCCAACUGUCAGCAUCAUCAGUGGUAGCAAAUCAAUCAAAGCGCCUACAAUUAAAGAGGAUAAAAACGACACCAACAACAACAAUAGCAAAAACAACAACACCAAUAAUCAUUCAAAUCACCUGAGUAGUGGCAGUGCCAAUCACAUUCAUCGAAGUGGUAGCAAGGCGAGCACAAAAAAGGACACCAAAACGGCUAAUAGCAACGGAACGGGUGCCGGAACCGGAGCGGGUGUGGGAGCAACAAACACUACAACUGGUGGCGUUACGAAUGAGAACGGUAUGGCAGCUAUGCCUGCAGCGACAAGCGGAACAACAAUUACAACACCUUCAAAAUUCGCCAAAAGUGGUCGUACGCUGACCAAUGGACAGGACAAAUAUGUGGGUCGACCGAUACUUACGCGUGGCUCCGUUGCUGAGCGUGUACUUAUGUUCGAGAAGUGUCCGGAUGUACGUAACUCAUUUUUGAACAUCAAACGACCUGAUCCAGCGGACGCGCCACCGAAGAGUCUACUCAAGGUAAAAUUGCAUUCAACCCCGCCACCACCGCCGGAACAUAAUUCGGUGCAAAGAGAAAUCCGUAACACCAAAAGCGCUUACAUACCCAGAUUCUACUUUCCACAUGGCAAACCUCAACCACAAAUUGCAGUGGAACGCACCUCGCGCGGCAUUUUGGCCGCAUUCGAUUCAUUUCCGAAUAAUCAGGUGACCAAAGACGAGUUGCCGCGCAUUUUGAAAAUCUGUGGUCUACCCUUCUAUUGGCGAAUGCCGGUGAUGAUCUUCUGUCAGCAGGGUAAUUCUGGUUUGGUGGAGCGACAGCGGUUCGUCGAAUUCUGGAAACAAAUGAACGUUUAUUGUCAUGAUGCCUCGUCGCGUUUUGUUUACAUUUUAUCACGUGGUCAACGUUUUCGACAGUACAUACUGCCAGAGGACUUGGCACCGCUAGUGCAAGACGUGGUCGAUACACAUCCUGGCUUGGCGUUCCUUAAAGAGGCCACCGAGUUUCAUUCCAGAUAUGUACAUACCGUGAUUGCGAGAAUAUUCUACUCGGUUAACAGGUGUUGGUCGGGCAGAAUAAACAUAUCGGAAUUGAAGAAAUCCGAUUUAUUGGAAGUGUUAACGCUACUCGAAGAGGAGGACGAUAUCAAUCAAAUUAUGGCUUAUUUCAGCUAUGAACACUUCUACGUCAUCUAUUGCAAAUUCUGGGAAUUGGAUAAAGAUCAUGAUCUACUCAUCAAUCAGGAUGAUUUGGCGCGACAUAGUGAUCAUGCUUUAUCAACACGAAUUGUAGAGCGCAUAUUUUCGGGUUGUGUAACGCGUGGCGAUAAUAAGAAACAACCGGAUGAUGAGCCCAAAAUGUCCUAUACCGAUUUUGUGUGGUUUCUGCUUUCCGAGGAGGAUAAGCGUACACCCACCGCAAUCGAGUAUUGGUUUCGUUGUAUGGAUAUCGAUGGUGAUGGGGUGUUGUCCAUGUACGAAUUGGAGUACUUCUAUGAGGAACAGCAACAACGUAUGGAGUCGAUUGGCAUUGAAACGUUGCCGUUUGAGGACUGUUUAUGUCAAAUGCUUGACAUGAUAAAACCUGCACGUCGUGAUUGCAUCACACUGGGCGAUCUGAAACGCUGCAAAAUGACACAUGUCUUCUUCGACACAUUCUUCAAUUUGGAGAAAUAUUUGGAUCAUGAACAACGCGAUCCGUUUGCCUCGCAACGAGAUGAAUAUUCAUCCGAUUGGGAUCGUUUUGCGGCGCAGGAAUAUGAACUACUAAUUUCUGAGGAAAACGAAUAAUCAUCAUAUGCAUACAUACACACAUACUCACUUGAACAAUCACUUUGAACAAAACAAAGUUUGUGCCAGCCUUUUUAUACAAAAAUCAACAAAAUGCAACAAAUAUUUUUUUAACGAAGCACGGCAAAGCAGCAACGACUUUUUUUUAGAUUAUAAAACAAUCUCUUUAUAUAUACAUAUAUAUAUAUAUUUUUAAACAUUGUAGUUAUUUAUAUACUUACUAUAUAUUAGUGCCAUUCUUCAUUGUUUAUGAAGCAAAAGAAAAAAUUUCAAACCCUAAGAAAUACCAAAAAAAACAAAAAAAAAAUAUUUAAAAAAUCGAGUGCACAUGCUUUGGGACAAGGCAGUCAAAAUCAGCAACAAACUACACGAAUAAACGUUUAGUGGCGGCAAAUCUAGUCAAAUACUUGCAUAUUUUACAUUCAUACAAGUCAAAUAGAAAUAAAAUAUUAAGCUUUGCUCACGGAGAGAGAGCGAGAUGGAAGCGAUUGAGAGCAAUAAAAUAUGGCCAAAGCUGAAACUCAUCAACAAA